AUGUCCCGUCUUCGCGACCCAGCGGACUAUGUAUCGAAAGCAAAGCAUAGAUGGGCCGGUCACAUCAUGAGAAGAAUCGACGAUAGAUGGACUAAAAGAACGCUAGAGUGGAUCCCAAGAGAUGCUAAACGCCCUCGAGGGAGACCGCCAAAGAGAUGGGGUGACGUGUUCGUUACACAGAUGGACCAGUUGAGAGCCCAGCUGGAUACGGCUCAAGGAUCUCGUCAAGGUCAAUAG